AUGAUUCUUCUCACAUACCUUCUUCUUCCACUAGUUUUUGCCACCAACUUUAUUCAGAUUCAGUAUUUUAGGGUUUGAGAUGCGUUUGAUACUCCCUUGUGAUGAGGUUAUGCUUUCAGAAACCAGUAGAAUACGGAAGAUUCCGGGUGUCUCUCGACGGUGGAGCCAAAGAAUGGGAGAGCUUCAUUUAUAUGAACAAGACCGUCAACUUGAGAGAGGAGGAAAUAUACAAGAUAAUCAAGCCGUUCUUUGAAAGUAAGCCUGUUAUUUUGUUAUCUCAAAUCUGAGUCCGUUUUCAGGCGAACCGUCCGUCAGGAGAUACGAGUCUGCAUCGAUCACAAGACAUCUUGGACAGCAAUUUGAAUACAUUCUGAACAGAUAUCCAGUUGACACUCUAAUUUUUGUCAGUUUUCAGUAGGCACACGAAAGAAAUUUCGUCACUUUUCAGGAGAAUCUCUGCAGUCAGAUGAAGCGGAAAUUCUCGUCUAUAAUUAGAACAACCACACAGAAACCGAAGAAUAUCAAGUGGAUUGUGGAGCAUCCGAGUGCCGCUUUCACCAUUCCGGACGGAUUCAGAAACGAAAUGGGAAGGGACGAAUACCAGCUGGAAGUGGGCGGAAGAGCCCUCCUCAAUCAGGAAAACUUUGAGUUUGACGCUCUGAUCAAUGUAAGUUCUAACUGGCGUAACACUUGAAAGCAAGACACAUCUCAGACGAAUCGCCUGAUUGUCCGCCAAACGAAAGAGUACAAAAACGGUCUGUCGAGUGACAAGCUUAUCCAAUUGAAAGGUCCCGAAGUUUACAUCGAAGGACAGAACCACGCGAACUCGGAGGAUCUGAAGAAGUUUGCCAAGGUUUAAAAUGACUAGAAGCUCAUGGAAAUCGAAAUCACAUAGCUUUCAGGAAUGGCUGAAUGGAGAACGAGAAGUGAAGCAAUGGGAGAUUCAUUUGGAAGACGACACGCAGAAUGAGCACUGGUAUUUCGAGAAAGAUGACAUAACUCUCGACGUUUCCGUCCACAACGGUCGUCUGUUUGCAAUGACGUACAAGACUCCGGCAGAUCGUCCGUAUCAAUUCACCGUACUCUGA